AUGGCCAUGUGAUCAUUCUUUUGAUCUCAUUCCCUCCGCUGUCUUGGUCCUACUAUUCUGAAAAGCUCACUGUGUACUGUGCUACCAGCUCACUUGAACAGAGACCUAAACAGAAAGAUUUUAUCCUGAUGGCUGACUCAAAACCUGCUGUGGAUGGGGACCCCAUGGAUAUGGAGGCCUUACUUCAAAGUGUGUUUGGGAUUGUGAUAGAUGAGGCCAUUCAGAAAGGGACCAGUGCCUCUGAAAAGGUCUGUGAGUGGAAGGAGCCUGAAGAGCUCAAGCAGCUGCUGGAUUUGGAGCUGCAGAGCCAGGGUGAAUCACAGGAACAGAUUCUGGAGCGCUGCAGGGCUGUGAUUCGUUAUAGCGUCAAGACUGGUCACCCUCGAUUCUUCAACCAGCUCUUCUCAGGGUUGGAUCCCCAUGCUCUGGCCGGGCGCAUAAUUACUGAGAGCCUCAACACCAGCCAGUACACGUAUGAGAUUGCACCUGUGUUUGUGCUCAUGGAAGAGGAAGUGCUGAAGAAACUCCGGGCCCUGGUGGGCUGGAGUUCUGGUGAUGGGGUCUUCUGCCCUGGUGGUUCUGUCUCCAACAUGUAUGCCAUGAACCUGGCUCGUUAUCAGCGCUACCCGGACUGCAAGCAGAGGGGCCUCCGGGCACUGCCACCCUUGGCCCUCUUCACAUCAAAGGAGUGUCACUACUCCAUCAACAAGGGAGCUGCUUUUCUGGGACUUGGCACUGACAGUGUCCGAGUGGUCAAGGCUGAUGAGAGAGGGAAAAUGAUCCCUGAGGAUCUGGAGAGGCAGAUCUUUCAGGCUGAAGCAGAGGGUUCUGUGCCAUUCCUGGUCAGUGCCACUUCCGGCACCACUGUGCUGGGGGCCUUUGACCCCCUGGAUGCAAUUGCUGACGUGUGCCAGCGUCACGGACUAUGGUUCCAUGUGGAUGCCGCCUGGGGUGGAAGUGUCCUGUUGUCACAGAUGCACAGGCAUCUCCUGGAUGGGAUCCAGAGGGCUGACUCAGUGGCCUGGAACCCCCACAAGCUCCUUGCUGCAGGCCUGCAGUGUUCUGCUCUUCUUCUCCGGGACACCUCGAACCUGCUCAAGCGCUGCCACGGGUCGCAGGCCAGCUACCUCUUCCAGCAGGACAAGUUCUAUGAUGUGGCUCUGGACACGGGAGACAAGGUGGUGCAGUGUGGCCGCCGUGUGGACUGUCUGAAGCUGUGGCUCAUGUGGAAGGCACAGGGCGGGCAAGGGCUGGAGCGGCGUAUCGACCAGGCCUUUGCCCUGGCCCGGUACUUGGUGGAGGAAAUAAAGAAACGGGAAGGUUUUGAGUUGGUCAUGGAGCCUGAGUUUGUCAACGUGUGCUUCUGGUUUGUACCUCCCAGCCUCCGGGGAAAGCAGGAGAGACCAGAUUACACCAAAAGACUGGCUCAGGUGGCUCCUGUGCUCAAGGAGCGCAUGGUAAAGGAAGGUUCCAUGAUGAUUGGCUACCAGCCUCAUGGGACCCGGGCCAACUUCUUCCGAAUGAUUGUGGCCAAUCCAGCACUGACCCAUGCUGACAUAGACUUCCUCCUUGACGAGCUAGAGCGGCUGGGCCAGGAUCUAUAAGUUUCUUCUCGCUGCUUCCUUACUGAGUGGAGUCUUUUCUCUGCCCUCAGCAUUGCCCCUGCCCCGUGCUCUCUAAUAGCCUUUCUGGGAAGCCAGUGGCCUUAUCUAUGUCUGUGAGCUCUGAUCCACCAUCUCUCCUUUCUACAUAACUGCUAUUUAGGAGAGUGUUUAAAUAAAUCAUACCAUAUCGCUAUAUGAGAGGAUGUUAUUCUUUCAUUAAAAUUAUGUUUACAAAGAGCAAAUAUGAGAAAAAUAAUAUUAUGCUAUAUUGAAAAGCCUGGAUAUAAGAUUUUAUAUGUAGGGUAUCUGAAUCAUAUUAAAAAAAUACAUAGGAAAAAGCUGGUGAAUGGAGCUAUGCCAGAAUCUUAGCCAUUUUGCCUGUAUGGGAUAAUAAGCAAUUUCUAAGUCAAUUCCUGUAUGCCGUUUGUAGCCUCCUUACAUUAUGUAAUGAAUAUGAAUUAUUUUCGACAUAGGAAAACAAUAAAGUUAAAAUUUCAA